AACGACUGCAACAAGCUAACAUCUGUGUUCUAUGAGUGAGUUCCAGUCCAGAGAACAAGGCGGAGGUCGCAGCGCAAAGCGGAUUCUCGUGGUAACGUCGCAAAUAAAGGUAGCUGAGGGCAGCCAUGUCCAGGUCCGACUUCCCCCCUGGCUACGAUGACGCCAGGUCUCCGCUGUAUAAUCAGGGAGGUAACCAGCCCCCGCCCCCUUAUGGCUUCUCGCCCUAUGGCAGCCAGCCACAGCCGGGCGCCUACCCAGGAGCGCCCAACGCCCAGCCGUCGGCACCCUACCCUGGCUUCGCUGGCCAGCCCGGAGGGUACCCACAGCCGGGCCAAAUGCCACCCAUGCCACCCAUCAUGCCCCCAGUAAUGCCCACCAUGGGGGGAGAUGAAGAGGGCUUCACAGCAUCUGGAGACUGGGAUGACCUAAGUGUUCGACACGCAUUCAUCCGCAAGGUCUACCUGAUUCUGACUGCUCAGCUGUCAGUCACUGCUGGUAUCGUGGCAGUAUUCUGCUUUGUGGAUCCAGUGAGUGACUUUGUCCAGAAAAACCCUGCACUCUAUUGGGCAUCCUACGCUGUGUAUUUCAUCACCCACAUCGUCCUUGUUUGCUGCCAGGGCCCCAGGAGGCGUCACCCAUGGAACCUAAUACUCCUGAGCAUUUUCACACUUGCUCUGUCUUACAUGACUGGAACAAUAUCCAGCUUCUAUGAAACCACAGCCGUUUUCCUUGCAAUUGGCAUCACCGCAAUAGUGACCUUGGCGGUCACAGUGUUCUGCUUUCAGACAAAGGUGGACUUCACCAAAUGCAGAGGUCUUUUCUGUGUCCUGGGCAUCGUGUUCUUUGUGGUGGGCAUCAUCACAGUCAUCGUGCUCUCCAUUACAUACAUUCCAUGGCUUCACAUGUUAUACGCAGCAAUUGGAGCCGUCGUAUUCACACUGUUCCUGGCCUACCACACCCAGCUUCUGAUUGGCAACAGGAAGUAUUCCAUCAGCCCGGACGAGUACGUGUUUGGCGCCCUCUCCCUCUACGUGGACAUCGUCCAGAUCUUCCUCUUCAUCCUCCAGUUGAUCGGAGCAUCAAACAGAUGAGGGUCCACAUGGAGUCUCAGUACAGUACACUGCCCUACAAAGGCAAAGUGCAGUAACUAUGUCGACAUUGAAACUGAGAAAAAAGAAGUAUUGGUUGAAUAUUGCAGUUACUGUAAAUUUGAGUGGCAAUAUCUCAAACUGGACACAUUUGGAUCAUAAGUUUUUGUCACAAGAUGAAGGUGUAAUGAAGACCAUUUUAAACCCUAUUUUGACAUCUGUAGUUACUGCACUUUGCCUUUGUAUGGCAGUAUGCAGUACAGUACAGGGCAGUAUGUGUAAAUGUAGUCUUAAUCUCACUGCCUUCCACAUACUGCACCUGUGCUUUGCACUUUCACCAUUAUGUACAGCUGCACUAGUGACAGUAUACCAUAUGUAGGAAGACAGAUCACUAUACAUUUUGAUGGGAUACUCUUUUUUUUUGCUGUUAGUCUAUAUCAUUUAUGCUUUGUAUUAGACCGAUUUUCAAGUGCAAAAAUACAAUAUACGAGUUAUCUUUGACCAGAGUGUCAGUCGGUAACUGAUGCCAUGUAUGCUAUGAGUGGAUUCAUGCCACUUAGAAGGAAGACACUGUACAGUAAGUCCAACUUAGAGGAGCAAAAAAAGACUCCAUCAAUAGGAGGAGUCAUGCCUUGAUUAACACUGAUGUGAUGUUCUCAAUUGGAGAUACACACCUAUUCCUACACCUUUUUAAACUACUUAAUUUAAAAAAUACCGUAUGCACAGUACGUAUAACAAAGAGACAUUCAGAUGUGCCUUUUAUUCACCGAUAUGUAUUGCUGUUUUGUUACAUCAAUGCAGUGUUCAUUCUGUAUGCUUGGAAGUGGGUGGUCAAGUCAGCUGUCUAUAGUUUUGUACAGUACUGAUAAAUGACCUUUUGGUUGGGGACAUGCUUGCUGUGGAUCUUAAAUUACAGGUACACACACAACCGUGUGCAACAGAGUGCACAUGCUUGCUUCUGAACAACCGGGGCACUUCGCACUGUACUGGAGGGAUGACCUAAGGGACAGAUACGUAGCCAACGGGCUCUCAUUAAUACUUUCCACCAUAGUUUGAUUAAAUCACAUCCUCCACACAUGGAAGCCCCUUGCGGUUUUGUCAAUACUGCGUAUCCUGCAGCAAGCAUGUCCUGGGCCUUAUACUGUUGUAUAGCCGCAAUUGCUGGACAUAGUCUUAAAAAGUGAAAUCAGGUGAAGAAGUAGUUGAUUUUAAAAAGGUACACUGUGUGAGAUUUUUAGUUGUUUAUUUCCAGAAUUCAUGCUGCCCAUUCACUAAUGUUACCUUUUUCAUGAAUACUUACCACGACCAUCAAAUUCUAAGUAUUCAUUAUGACUGGAAAAAUUGCACUUUUCAUACAUGAAAAGGGGGAUCUUCUCCAUGGUUCGCCAUUUUGAAUUUCCAAAAAUAGCCAUUUUUAGCUGCAAAAAUGACUGUACUUGGAUCAUACUAGGAAAUAUUUGUUUAUUACUUAGUAAACGUUCAUGUAAAGAUCAAAUUUGACAAUAGGCAGCCCAGUUUCAAUGAGAAGCAUACGGUAGUUGCAGUACCCUUUUUGACCAUUUCCUGCACAGUGUACCUUUUUAAGCUUUUUUUUCAUUAGUACACCUAUGCUUUAGGAACAAGAAUUUAGCAAAUGCCUAAUUUUUGUAAUUGGACAUCUGUAGUAACAGAAGAAAAUUGUAGAAAACUGAAAUUACUUUGUGUGUGUGCUUAAGAGAAGCUGCUGUUUUCCACUGUAUCUUUGUUAAUAAAGAAAAUACUUCUGUUUUAAA